AUGUUUCUUCCUGUGGGGUAUCCGGAUAGUGUUCAUGAAUGUUAUGCUAAAUUUCAUUUUUGGUUGGGACUAGAAACCUUUAUAGGAUCUUCGGUACGUCAAGCUAUGUUAUCAUCAUUAGGAUUAGGUCAUGCCGAAGCAGCAGCUGGUGCAGUGGCAAUUCAAUGGGUACUUAAAGAUGGAUUUGGAGAAAUAGGAAAAUUAUUUUUUAUUAAAAGAUUUGCGUAUUCAUUUGAUUCCCAUCCUAAAACUUGGAAGAUGGUGGGAUAUUUUCUUCAAUUAUGUACAUGCGUGGUGAGACCAUCAUUCUUCUUACCUUUGGCUUCAUUGGGUAAUGCAUUUGAAAGUAUUCAAUAUAGUAUCCUGGGUGCUUGUCAUAUGGCAUUUGUGAGAAAUUUUGCUGUAGGUGAUGUUGUGGCCAAAGAUGAUGCACAAAUGUCAUUUGCACAUUUGCUUGGAAUGUUAUGUGGAGUAGGAUUGAUCACCGUGUCACAUGAACCAGCAUUCCUUUUCACUUGUUUUACCGCUUUCGCCCCAUUUAAUGUUUAUAUCACAUUGGCCUUAUUGAACUCGGCUCAAUUUGAAAUCUUGAAUCAAGCCAAAUUAGCAUUGAUCGCAAGACAAUAUAUUGAUUGUGAUAAGGUUCCCACGAUGGAAGAAUUAAAAGAUCGAGAAAUUGGAUUUGGGGAAUGGAUUCGACCUGGUAAAAGUCCGAUCGGGGUUAAAAUCAAAUUGGGAGUGGCCGCUUCGGAAGCAUUUCGAAGAACUGAAGAUAUGAUGGAUUCUUUGGAUGUAUUAUGGAAUAUAUUACUUAAUGGGGUGGAUAUGAAAGAUAUCAAAGGGAAUAAUAUUUCGAAUGAAGAUAUUACCCAAUAUAUUCGAAAGGCCAUGCGAGAAAGUCAUAAAUGGACAAAUGAAAAGUUUGGUAAGUUUGUGGCGGAAUUGGAUGAUAAGGAUUGGCAAAGUGAUGUGGUUUUUUGGUCCGAUAAAGGAUUUCGAGUGAAAUGGGAACGCAAUAAAGAAGGAAAGAUAUAA